UUUCAUCAGUCAGCGACGCGGCAGCCCGCAGCCCGGACAUUUCCCUAGGUCAGACUCCUCCAGGUGGUCCUAUUUCAUUGGACCUACGUUUUCUACUUUCAAUUCCCAAAACUUCAUAAUUUCUGCUCCAAUCCAGUAUCUUAUCCUACCGUAUAUAUUUCAUGCGAAUUUCUACAAAAAAAAAAAAAAAGUGUGUGAACGUUGUGAAAAAAAUGGAUUCAAUAGAAGACUGGGAUUUUCUGGAUUUUAGUUUCAUCGAUGAAAAUACUUCUCCAGAUUUGCUUUUGCCCAAUUAUAGUAGUGGUGGAGAAAUUGAAUUCUCAUCUGGAAAUAUUGUGCAUCAAGAAAACGAAUUCGUAGAUAGAGAUUGCUCGCGCAAAAGGGGACGCAGUGGAUCAUGCAGCAGGCCAGGGAACAAAGCUUGCCGUGAGAAAUUGAGACGGGAGAGAUUGAAUGAAAGGUUUCUGGAUCUAAGCUCUAUUUUGGAAUCUGGGAGAUCUGCCAGGAUUGAUAAAUCCGCAAUACUUGAUGAUGCCAUCAGAGUUUUGACCCAACUAAGAACUGAGUUUCAGGAGUUCAAAGAAACUAAUGAAAAGCUAUUGGGGGAAAUAAAAAGUUUAAAGGCUGAGAAGAAUGAACUUCGUGAAGAGAAGCUUGUAUUGAAGGCAAAUAAAGAAAGGAUAGAGCAGCAGCUUAAAACAAUGACCAUCUCACCAGCCGGGUAUCUUCCUGCACACCCAGCAGCGUAUCAUCCUGGGGCAAAUAAGAUGGCGGUUUUUCCUGGUUAUGGUUUGGUACCAAUGUGGCAAUAUUUGCCUCCAUCAGCACGGGAUACAUCUCAAGAUCAUGAACUUAGGCCCCCUGCAGCGUAGUGCGUUUUUCUUUCUUUUAUUUUUACUUGUCAGUUGAGGUUACAAAUACUUGGACAAUCUCAAAUAUCUUUGAGUAUCCUCCCACAGUUUUGGCCUUGGCUGAUAUGUAAAUA